GUCGGUUCAAGGACAAAUUUUGCUCACAGUACAAGGAUAAUAAGAGCAGAUGGAGUAAGCGGCCAAAAGAGAUUCCUGAAAAAGAUUUUCGAAUGCUCUUAAAGUUGUGGAAUUGUAAAGAUUACCAGCAACAAUGUAACCGUAAGAAGGCUAAUCGCGCUCUCCGAAAAGAUAACCCCACGACGGGUCGCAAGUCUUUUGCCAGACUUCGUGCAAAAUUGCAAACUACCCUUCCGAAUGAUGUUGACAUACCAUUAUCAACUAUGUAUGAAGUCACACGCAAAAGAACUGAGGGGCGUCAAUAUAAAAGUUCAUAUGAAGAUACUGCCACAAAAAUUAGAUUGAAAUGAAGAAUUAUGAGGCAGAAAAUAAUGAAGAAGGUGAAGCUGCAAUUGAUGGGUAUGCUGCAAUUAUGUCAAAGGAGAAAAGUGCUGGUCCAAUAAUGUGUGGAAGAGGUGUCACCAAGAAAGACCUUGCUAAUACAAAAGAGACCGUACAGUCGUAUGUCAUGACUUCUAAUGAUAUGGAGACAGUCAUGAGCACUUUGAGAAAGGAGAUUGAAGAAAAAAAUGAGAAAAAGGAUGCCGAGCUAGAACAAAUGCGGAAGGAGCGUGAAGUUGAGAAACAGAAGAUGGAUUUGAUUCUAGCAAAACUGUCUGCC